AUGAAAAGAGCUCAAUUUAAUGAAAGAAACUUUAGCGGAGGCUGCUCAAAUAUAGCAGAUGGGAGAUUAAGACUUCUACACAAGAAUAAAAAAAUAACAUUAAUAAAAAUAUUCUUUAAGGUUAUUGUAAAAUUGGGAGAUAUAUCACGGGUUGUGAAAAAUACGAUAAUAUUGUAA